AUGAAAAACUACAAUCAAGAUAGUGUCUCUUUCAAUAUCUUAAGUUGUCCAAGUUCUGAAAGACAAUAGAAAAUUAAAGUGACUCCCAAUACUCUUAUGACCUAAAGACUUAAUAUUCCAUUAAUAUCAUAAAAUUCAUAAUAACAGAAAAGUUAUGCAAAUCGCCCCAAGAUGUUUAAACAGAUAUGUGACUACCCUUAAUUAUAGCCUUCUAACUAAAAUACAUAAGCAUUUAAAAUGAAAACUUCCGUUGAACCCUAUGAAAAAAUUGAAAAUAAUAGAAAAUACUAGAGUAUUAUUUAGAAAGAUUUUUAAAGGGAUAGAACACUAACAAAUUAAUAAUUGCAUUAUAAAAAACCAAUAGAUAUAUACAAAUAUCAGACAGACACUACCAAUAGAGAUUAAAAAACCUCUAUGCUUGUCUAGCCACUUGAAUAAAAUUUCCCAAUUAUUUAAAGUUCUGAAUUUAAUCCAUAUAGAGAAAAUACAACAUUACCUAUUUAUAAUCAUAAAAAAAAUACGAUAUAGUUUACAAAUAACAGUUCUAAAAAUAGGAGUUAUACUUUAAAUGGAAUCCCUUAAAGAGGCAAUCAGUAGCACGAAAUUAUAAAUAAACCAAGAGGAAAAUAUCGACUUGUUAUUAAAAAAUUAAGACUUAAAAUUGUUGUCCUAUUUGUUCUAGCCGCUCUCAGGUUUAGCAGAAAAUACAAGUACAUUAUUUUCUUAAAAUAGAAUCACAUUUAAAAAAAGAAAUUAAGCCUUAGAACAUUUUAAUAAAUUGAAGAAACCCCAUUUAACCCACUUUAGUACAAUGGGAGAAAGGCAAAUUAAAUUUUUUUAUCGUACCUUUGUCGAAUAGAUUUUCUCUAAAAUUAUUAAACUUUUAAAGAGUGAAGAUUAUAUUAAAGAUUAUACUGAAAUCUUAAAAUAAAAAUAAGAAAUGAUAUUAGAUUUCUAGAAACAGAGGUUAUGCUUUUUCAUAAAAUUAAUAUUUUAAGAUUUAGAAUUGAUAACAAGAAAAAAUUUAAUACCUGAAUUUAUGGUCGAUUGCUUGAAUUUAAGUCUUUUCUCUAGAAAAAACACAUAAACUAGCUUGUUUGUAGCGAAUAGGACUAAGUUUUAUUCAAAAACAGUUCAUUCUCUCAAUUAAUAGUAGAAGAUGUUAAUUACAUUAGAAUUCCUUAUUUUCGCUGUUAUUAUACCUAAUGCAUUAGAUAUUGCUAAUUAAUAUGAAUGCGUCAAUGAAAAUCAUCAAGCAAUAGUUCAACUCUACUUCAUUUCCAUAGUUAUGUUAUUAACAGGAUUCUUCACAAAUUAUUUCAAGGACUUGCCCAAAAUUUAAUCAUCGAAUGUUAAACCAGUCUAAUUGUUAUUGAAAGUUAGCGAAGAUUAAGAUGACAAUCCUGUCUAAACACGAAUAAUUGUAUCCCAAGAAUUAGAAUAAAAUGAAGAAUUGAUUCUCUCGGGAGAUUUGAAAAUCAAUUUUAUUGAUAAAAACUUUAGUGACAAACCUAACUUCUAAAAAGAUAUGGGUAAACUCUUUUCCAAAAUCGUUACUAAUGUUGGAGCAAUAAUAGAUAUUUCAAAUGUAGAAUGA